UGUACCUUUAAUCCAUUUAUGAAGAUAUUCAAAUGGAUACGGAUAUACUGAUUGAAAGUAAAGACUGUUUCUACGAUGAUUUUUUGGACCAGCUCACAAAAGAUUACCAUUGGUCGUCGUUACUGGACGCCGCUGAUGCGACUCCCAGCGAAAUUUUAGCUGACGCUGCACCAAUUCUGGUUCCUCCAGUAUCCCCUAUAUUGAGUGUUAAGUCGUCGCCUACAGAAAGCAGUAAUUCAGAUUCUGGGAGUGAAGAUGACUCUAAAAACAGUUCAAGUGGUACCUCAGAGAGGCAAUCAUCACAGUCCCCAUUUGACUGGAUGUCAAGUUUCGAUGAUGACCCACCAAAUAAUCUAAACCCUGAGGAUGUAGAGCAGUUUUUGCAGAUGACAGCUCCCAUUGUCCGGCCAACAACACCAGAAAAUCCAGAAUCUUCACCAAAGCGUAUUACAGAAAGAACGGGCCCUGUUAUGUCUAUUGAAAAUGGUGUUAUCAAGGGAAUAGAUACAAAAUUAAAUGACAGGCUACUUAAAGCGGUCCAUUCGCAUCAACCAUCAUUGAUAGCACCUAAUAAACAAAGUGGUAACUGUCUCCUACAGAAUGCUCACUUUAAAGUGGUCAACGAAAAUUUCGCUGCAAACUUACCCAAAGAAGACAACAAGAUUGUCUUAAAUGAACAAAUCCGAUUGGUUGUGGAACAAAAAAAAGUGCCAAGCAUACUGAAAAGGCCUUUAGUGACAAAGACUCCUAAUAUUGUGAUACCUGCAGAGAGUACAAAGGGCGGGAAAAUCGCUAUUUCUCCAUUGCCAAUUGUGAAGAGUCAUAGUACUAAUGGAUAUCAGAUUAAGAUGUCCCCACCCAGAAACAAUGUUGUGAUAAACCCAAAUUCCGUCAUGGCGAACGAUACUAAACCGGCAGUACAAAAUGGUGUGAUAGGCCAAGCAUGUCCAGAUAGCCCUGUAGACCUGACUGGCCUUAGCGAAGCAGAUAUUAGGGCUUUGAAAAAACAACAGAGAAUGAUCAAAAAUAGAGAGUCAGCAUGUCAAUCUCGUCAGAAAAAAAAGGAAUACGUAACAGCUUUGGAACAGCAGCUGUUAGAAGCGCAUCAGGAAAUCGCCAGGUUGCAGCUCGAGAACAAACUAUUGCGAGAUCAACUCGGCAGCUGUGGGACGAGGCGAAAGAUACCCCGUCUCGACGCUUCACUUCUUAUACCCAAGAAGAAUAUUGCUGUCAUAUUUGCAAUGGUUUUCAUGGUUUCGUUAAAUUUUAAUGUUAUAGGGUGGCACAGCACUCCUUCUAUGGGACCAUCUGCACCAGAUAACAUUCAGAGACAUCUCUUGUGGUCUGAAGACAGUGCAGAAGUGGUUCCGCCCGAUUACGACCAACCCUUAAAUCAAAGUGCUCUCAGUUCGGAUUGUCGAAAUAAAACGAUAGCAAACGAGGUUUAUAUGAAUCAAACUGAAAGUAUACGAAUAGCUAGUGACCUAAAUCGAUGGAUUGAAGGCGGGAAGAUGGUCAAUUGGACAUUCGACUUGCCAAAGAAGAAACCGAAAGAUUAUUUGAAUCAAGAAAAAAUUGAUGGUGGGCUUCUAGAGACUUACAAACUAUUCAACAAAUUGAACAUGGAUAGUAAUUUGGUAGAUUUUCCAACCACAAACCGAAGAGCUAUGAAAGAGAAAGCACGGUUACGACGAUUGCGGCGAAGUAAGGAUUUAGACUUUCCGGAGAAUGCAGUUUUAGACUAUGACACUCUAUAUCACAAGCCUAUAAGAAAAUCUGUGAACAAUUUUGAUAUGGAUGAUUUUGGUGAAUGGCACGCGUUGCUCCAAGCGCUGCACAGGCGAGAUGAUACGUUUUAUGUGGUUGGUGUUGGCAAAGGGGAACACUUAUUACUGCCUGCAGUGUCUCACAAUGAUACGAGACCCCCUAAAAUGGCGCUUAUAUUGCCAGCGAGAAAUGGAAACGAUUCUGUAAAAAGCGAUCACGUCACUCUAAUGCAGAUCGACUGUUCAGUUGUGAACACAACUAUAGUCAAACUAAAGUCGGAUGCAUUACCUGAGAGUUUACGAAAAAAGAAGAACAAUGAACAGGGUCAGAAUUUAAUAAAUAAAAGAAAUACGUACUUAAGAAGGCCAAGAGUUAACGAGGACAAUCUAUCAAGCAUUCUUCAUAAUUCGAGUAAUGACAUUUCUAAUUACCCAGUUAAGUUUAAGGAACCUGAUGCAAGUAUAAAUGAAGUAGAAUUAAGCAAGGACGAAAAUACGUUUGCUCAGUACUUAAUAAGUAAAUAUGAAGAAUCAAAGAAUGAUUCCAAUGUUUCAAUGAAUGUGGGAAAUAAAAGCAAUAAUGUGAGAAAUAAAAAGAAAGUGAAUAGAAGUAAGGAGUCAACAUGACAAAAUAAAUAAUAAUAGUAAGUGAUAUACCAAAGCAAUAUAAAACAUAAGUUUUUUACAUUGCUAGAAAGCUAUGAUUGAUUUAAAUAAUUGGUUAUGCAGAAUUAUUAUUUUACAUAGUAUGUGAAUUACGUAAAAUGUUACGUAACAGAUCUCAAUAAAUUCUGCUGAAGGACUUCUGUUCUA